AUGGCCGAACCGACCGCCGACGAACUGUUGCUGGCCCGUGCUGAAGCCAACGGGUACCGGCGAGGGGCGCACAGGGAGGCCGAUCAGCUCUGCGGCCGUGAGAAGCAUGUGACCAAGACGAAGAAAGAUCAAGACCGCACAAUGAGACGCUACGUCCUAUGGCACCUCUCAGAGAUGAGGUGGAAACACGCGCAGAAAGGGCUCCCUCCCCCUGACAUGGACAUGGCCCGCGACCAGUGCCUCCGACCCGGAAUUACCGCCCCCGACCUUGUGAACGUGAAGGACUUUGUCCGAUUCUACAUCUCGACCAGCAAGCCUCGCCUGGAUGCCCACCGACCGACCGUUGAUUCCAUCAAUACCGUGAUGGAAUGGUUCUUUGCUGGCUUCACACGCGUCACCGGCACCGAGACCGUUGAAAGGGAGCGGAGCGAGGUGUACCAUUGGGUACGGACAACCUUGGUUAAAGAGGGACUUGUUGUCAAGAAACAUGUUCCGAAACACAACUUUGCCGACCGCGACCUUUCGCGAGUCCUGCUCGCUCUCUGGACGCACAAUGAUCUUCUCUUCAUUCACGAGCGAUACCGCGUCCAGGUGACAUUUAUUAUCCAUGUGUACUGCUGGACCGGGGCCCGCCUCGGUGCCUUCUUUACCGGCGGCCUUCGUUACCAGGUACGAACCAUUCGAAGUAGACAUGGUUUAGACGUGACGCUCGUGUUGCAGCGCGUGGAGGGUCGUAGCUGGAGGCUCAUCUACAGGCUCGAUCAGCGGUGGGUGAAAAACAACCGUGACCCUGAGAAUGUGGUGUUCGGUGCUGCAGCAAAGGACCAUCACCGACUGUUUUACAACGAUGCCGGGUUCCUGCUCGCCAUGGCGAUUGCUGAUGGAGCUCUAUUUGGCUACGAGUCACUUGCAGAGGUGCAAGAGCAGAGGAUCCCUGACGGCGACGACGAGCUCAUCCUCAGAUUCAAAGACUCGGCCUUGGGGAAGCCCAUCCUUCGAAAAUGCACCAAGAAAGAUGGGGUGACUGAUCAGCCAAUGGCCCGUGAUGCUUUCACCGAGAUUUUUAGGAAGAUGCUUCUUAGUGCGGGCUAUUUUUGUGGCACAUCGAUUCACGCGAUCCGGCGGCAGCUUGGCAAACGUGUUGACGAGCGCUAUACCUCUGUCCAACGCUCACAGCACCUAACACAAGGCGACCCCCGAGUCUUUGGCCAGAGCUACGUGGCGAACUGUUCCACAGUGGAUGGCCAGGCGGCAUUCCGUGGUGAAGAAAGCGAUCAACGCCACAUCGAGUACUUUCAAAGCUUGGAGAAGUUCCGUGAAGCAGGUCUACCUGCGCGACUACCCUCCCACCUUGACGAGGCUCUGACCCGUGACCCAAAACUGUGUCAAAUCAAAAGCGAGAUUGAGGCGCUCACAAAACAGAAGGCUGGCAUUGACAUUCUCAACAAAGUCAAAAAGCGUCACGCGGCUCAUCUCAAGACGAUCAAAACAACAGCGCUACGUCAGUACCAGGAGCACUGGGUUCGAGAGCGCCGAGAUUGGAAGAUCCUGACGCGAGGGAAAGGCGCUACACAUGACCAGUCCAAGACUGAUUUUGUGCAGAGUAUCUGUCAGUUAAUACCAGAACGAGCCCGAAUCGCGGGUGCGAUGGCCGUCGAAGAGGCCCUGGAGCCCGGCGCGAUGUGGCAGGCCCUGGGGGAUCUUUAUACACUCUGUGUUGAAGACUUCACAGUUCUCUACCUUCCAGGGUGCCGGCCGGUUGACGGCUAUAGUCUACCAAAGGCUUCCCGCAGCCAGCACAUCCAGACUUGUGUGCGUUGGGAAAUGGCCAGCCGUCUUGGACAUCUCCAGAAGGAUGUUCACUAUUGCCAUCUUUGCUUUAGUUGGGUCAUAGGUGAAGACUGGCAUCCACACUGCAAAGAGCACCUCGCCACCAUGGUAACCAAGCGGUGUGGCACAAUCACUCAUUGCCACACCUUGAUGCGUCCUGGCUAUUGCCCUUUUUGUAUGGCUGAAGAGAAACUGCCCGCGCCCGAGCGGCUAGAGUCGUGGACACGAGACCACCAGUUGUGGGGCCACGUCGAGGAGCAUCUCGAAAUCUGCCACUGGCCCCGUAGGUGCCCCCACCCACUCUGUGGUGCUUCCGUCUUUGAAGAUGCUGCGGCCUUUCGAUUUCAUCUGGUGGACGAACAUCGAUUCAGCCAAACGCGCCCUGUGAAGGCGGCCUAUUCGACGCCUCCCAACGGUCAGCCCAACAAGAACCUUCUCGACGGCGGCUCGCCAGCAGUGAGCUCGUCUCCCAAACGGAAGCAGCCAACCAGCACCGAAGCCCUCCAGUGGGUGCCAUGGCAGACCACCCACCAUUCGCGUAUGAUCCCGGAGGAGGCGGUCUUCUCUCGCUCUCCAAAGCGGUGCCGACAGUCACCGCCAGCUAUUUGUCCUGCGGCCCUGUCUCUGGAACGGGACUUGGCUGUCGACCACACUGCCUACGGUGCAAAGCAUUCGCCCAUGCUAUCCGAUCCGUAUUUUUCUGGGACCGAGAGCGAUGAAACCCUGAUGAAGUACGCGUACAAUAUUACCACCCCUCGCUGUGCAAGUCCAGAUAGCACAGGCUGGGCGCCUGCGCUCGAAGGUGAUGGCGAUAUCCUGUUCAGCCAAUAUUGCCGCUCACCUUCGCCCUCCCCAGCCCCUUCGCCAGACGACACCUCGAGCGAGUCAAGCGGGACAACCCUGGUUGAUUUUCAAUCUCGUCAGCCUUGCGGUAGCCCUGGGCUGUCCUCAGCGACAGCUGCGAGUGUGGUGCAUGAUGAUGAAGUGCCUGACCAUGUCCGUACACUGCCACGGAUCCGGUUGCGAGUCAGCCAGCCCAAGAUCACACUGCGCCUCAAUGUCUCAAGAACAAGCCACGCCCCAGGCAACAAAGGUAACGUAACCAAGCACCGGGGUAAUCAGCGAAGCAGAGAAGAUAGUGGAAGUGCGAAGCCCAAGGGUAUUAUUAUAUCGAAAAAGGUGAAAGGAAAGAAGAGAGGUGGUAGAAGAUAA